AAGAUGUUUAAUCUUUCUUAUAAAAUUUUAAUUGGAUUAAAACAACUGAUGACACUUCUCAGAAAUUAUAUAUUAAUCACAAGGUGUGUCAACCAAUCAAUCAAUCAUUAUUUAAGUACAUAAAAACGUGUGUAACCAACGUAAACAACAAAGUUUAUAGACAACACGAAGAGUAAAGAUUGCUUAAAAUGAAUGACAACAAUGGAAUGAACUGGACUGAUGACAGUUGUGAAGCAUGGCGAGUACGUUACCAUAAAGAAAUAUGUCAUGGCCUUGCACAGGCACUAAGUAAUGAAGAGUUUACCGACAUUAAAAUUAUUAUUGAUGAUAAAACAUUUAACUGUCAUCGUAUAGUCUUGUCAAUUAUGUCACCGUACUUUAGUGCAAUGUUCGCUUCCGGAAUGAAGGAAUGCCGAGAUGGCGUCGUUCACCUUCAAAAUGUUGAAAGUGGGGCAUUCGAGAAGAUCCUAAAAUUUAUCUACGGUGGACAAGAUGUUAUAGAUACAGAAAAUGUUGAUUCCCUUCUGCAAGCGGCAGUUAUGUUACAGAUAAAAUGUCUGCAAGAGAGAUGUGAAGAAUAUAUGGUGGGGAAACUUGAUCCUGAAAAUUCUUUAGGUGCCUGGAAGUUAGCCCAAGGUCACGGCUGUUCGUGUCUUGCGGAGAGGGCUUUCCAAUUUAUAUUGUAUUAUUUUGAACAAAUAUGGAAAACUGAAGAUUUUUUGGCUAUAGAUUGUGACGAAUUAUUGCAAAUAAUUGAUAAUAACAAUUUGAACAUUAAAAGUGAAGAGCUGGUAUGCGAAGCUGUUAUGAGGUGGGUACAUUCUAAUGUUGAUAACAGAAAGAAAGACCUUCCCCGAAUUUUUGAAAAACUGCGUCUCCCCCUUAUACAACCGGAAUAUUUAAUCGAUGUGCUCGAACACAAUAAGUUGAUUAAGCACAACCAACCCUGUCGGGAUGUUUUAGAAGAAGCCAAACGAUACCAUUUGUUGCCCGCCAGAAGACAAGAGUUUGUUUCGCCUCGAAUGAGUUUUCGGAAUUUCGGUGACUUUGAGGAGGUAGUGGUUUGUGUUGGUGGAACAGAUGACAAUUCAAAGACAACACAGCGUGUGAUAUGUUACAGUGAAAAGAGAAGUAAAUGGUUCUCGUUGGCAUCUAUGCCACAUGAUCCGGGUGUAGAAUUUGCAACUUGUUCAUAUGGCAAUGCUAUUUAUAUUUCCGGUGGCAGCACAAAAAUGAAUGCUAUGCUCUGCUAUAUAAGUACUCAAAACAAAUGGGUUUAUUGCGAACCUAUGUUGCUUGGACGCCGACGCCAUGCAAUGGUGGCAGUUGGGGAACAUGUUUACGUAUUAGGAGGGUAUGAUGACAAUAAUGACGACGACUUCCGAACUUUAAUGAGUAUUGAACAAUAUAGUAUAGCAACUGGAAGUUGGGAAGAUGCCGGAUAUCUUUCGGUUGCUGUGCGUUCUGCGUCCGUUGCGGUAGAUAGAGAGAAAAUAUAUUUGUUUGGAGGCGUUACACGCGAAGAUUUUGACACAAAAACUGUUCAAUGCUUUGAUACUAGACUAAAAACGUGCAAUAUAGUGUGUGAACUUCCCGUAUACUGUAGGUUAUCGUCUGCAAUAUCACAUGACCAUAAAAUUUAUCUCGUAUGCCCAGAUGGUGAUGUUAUCGUAUUUUCAGCAGACGGUACAACGGAAGAUAAAGGAAAAAUACCCGGAUUUGACCGCUAUAGCUUUGGUGCAGUGUUAAAGAAUAAUUCAAUUAUUGUCCUUGGUGGUAUGGACUCUGACCAUUCAUAUGGGGACUGCAUUACCUUUGAUCUUCUAACAUCAACCUCGUCAAUAUCAGCAGAUGUCCUGCCAGAGAAAGCUUCUGGUAUCGGCUGCGUGAAAACUGUAAUUAAUAAGAAAUAUCUCGAAACGUUAUCUCUAAGUUAGUAAAAAAAAAAAACUGAAUUUAAAGAAACCGGGAGACAUAAAACCAUGGAAAUAUUAGUAUAACAUGCAGCAUAUCAUUUUGAAGUCACUACUUUAUGGUAACUUUUGUACCGUGAUACCAACUGCGUACUCGUUCUAAGUCAACGUUCCUUAAUCAUGUAAAUGGAUAUAACCAAAAGAUGACUAUAUUUGUCAUAGGUCACAUCUGUUAUUUUUGUCUCCUAUGUUGUAAGCUGUUCUGUUUUUAUGAAUGCUUUCGUAUCUACAUGAGACAAUAUCAAAAAUUCUCAUGCAUCUAUAACAGUGAAUCGAUUGUAGGUGUUCCUCUCUACAUUGCAGUUCAUUCGAUACUGACCCAAUUGCAAUCUCAUCAAAUCAAACUGUUCCAUGUGGUCAGAAAUUUGACUAUAAGUAUUACCAUUGAAGAACAACAGUCAAGUCAUCAAUGUUAGAAGUACUUUGUGAAAAAUAAAGCAUACUAAACUUUUAA